AUGAAAUCCAAGUCAGACCCAGACUCCUCCAUGCAUAUAAAUAGAGAGAGAGACACUUUUGUCAUGAGGAUCGACGUUAGCGAUUCAAAGAACUCAUCUUCUUCUUCCUCAUGGUGGUUCAGAGGCAAGGUCAUAGGCAGAGGCUGCUUCGGAACCGUUAACCUCGCCUUCAACAAAUCCGACGGCAAUCAUAUAUUCGCUGUCAAAUCUGUUGAUAGUUUCACGUGUCUCCCGCGUCAGCUUGAGUCGUUGGAAAACGAAAUUCGUAUCCUCCGCUCUGUUUCUUCACCACACAUCGUGAGGUUCCUCGGCGACGACGUGACCCGAGAAGGAACCGGGACUCCUCUGUGGAUGGCACCGGAGGUAAUCCGCGGCGAAUAUCAAGGACCUGAGAGUGACGUGUGGUCUCUUGGAUGUACGAUCAUUGAGAUGAUCACCGGAAAACCGCCUUGGAUUGACGACGGCGCUGAAACCCUGAGAACGAUCGGGUUCCCCGACGAGUUACCGAAAUUUCCGGCGAGGUUAUCGGAAACCGGCCGGGAUUUUCUUGAAAAGUGUCUGAGAAGAGAUCCGAGUGAGCGAUGGAGCUGCGAUCAGCUGUUGCAACACCCUUUCCUCUCGUCUUCUGCUUUAUCGUUAUCUCCGAGGCAUGUAUUCGACUGGGUCGACUCGGUAGUAGAGGAAGACGAAGAGGCAGGGUUGAGUGAGCCAGUGUCCGAGUCGAAUUCGAAUUUCGCCAGGGACAGGAUCGGUCAAUUAGCGACGAGCAGAGGGGUAAUUUGGGAAUCUGAUGGUUGGUUGGUUGUUAGAGGUUCGGAUUAUGAAGUGGAGGAGACAGGUCAGCUUGUUCCGGAUUCUUCACGUACGGAACUCGUAACGGUGAGGACAGGUUCAUCGUACUUUAAUCCUCCGACGUGGCAAAUAAUUAGGGUGAUGAUGAUGACAUUUUGCCCAAGCAGCGUUAGAUAUCUGUCGUGGCGAAAUUGUAAAUAUGUGAAAACUAAACGUACGAACGUGAAUGCGCCGCCGCAAUGUAGUUGCGGUUGUGGUGUGUCUCAAAACGUGGAUUUGGCUGUGGCCGACCUGGCGGAUUGUUGUUUUUUCUAUAACUUACACGCCCACGCGAAAAUAGUUCUAAAUUCUAAUCCAAGUUAUGAUAUCGUAGCAACACUCAUACAAAACUGCAAAGUUUGUUAUAUUAGCUUUGUGCGGGAAUACAUGAGAAUGAGAUACACAUAA